CUGUGACGUCAAGAUCUCGAACGUGGUCGAUAAUUUGUUGAGGCUAAAUAAGAACACGGUUAUGUUUUCCAACAGAGAAAUAUUAUAAAUAUGUAGCCAUUAUCACUUUUUAACACACACGCCAAAUGGCUCUUGGAUUAAUUUUAAUCGGAAUUCUUCUGAUACUGCCAGGGAAUCUGUUUGAAAGCUUAAAUUCGCACCAAACAGCAGAAGAUUAUAAUGAAUAUGCAGAACUAAUAAGAAAACUUCGUUUCCUGGCCAGACACGAGCCCAAUGAUAAUCGGAACAAUAUUUUAAAACAACGAUUUCAAAAGAAAUUACAUGAGCCUCGUAAACAUGCAUCAGACUGGCAAGAAGUUGUUGGGGAAGACAAAAGAUUACAGUCUAUAGAAAAAGAUGCUAUCCAGCCAGAUGAUAGUGAAAAAACUUCAAAGUCAACAACAGCCAAAACUACACAACAAAAUGAAACACCAGCCCCUCCACUACCUCAGGUUCAGAAUAAACACACGGACAAUAGUUCAUUAACUGCUGGCACAGAUCUAUAUUUUAUAUUGAUUGUAGCAGUAUGCAGUUUGGCUGGUUUUGUGGGCCUUAUAAUGGCAGGUGUAUGUUGGUACAGAUUGAAUAAAAAUAUAAAAGCUGCUAGCGAAGUAGACUAUCCAGCCUAUGGUGUUACUGGACCAACAAAAGAAAGAUUAGGGUCCGGUCCAGGAGAUAGAAAAUUAGCACAGAGUGCACAAAUGUAUCAUUAUCAACAUCAAAAACAGCAGAUGAUAGCCAUGGAAAAAGCAAAUGGUGAGAUGAAACAUGAUGCAUCUGAGGACGAAUCUGAAGAAGAAAAUGAAGAAGGAGAUUAUACUGUGUAUGAAUGUCCUGGUCUGGCACCGACUGGAGAAAUGGAGGUUCGAAAUCCUCUGUUUAAUGAAGAAACUCCAGUUUCUAAAGGUCCUACAGAAGACCAAAAAGACACACAGUAAUUUGGUGUUGGAAUGAAAGCUGCUAUAUUUAGAAGCUUUUCAGAAAUAUUGUUUAUUUAUCUUCUUCCCUGAAGAGUUCUGUUUUUAGUAUAUAUGUUGUUUCUGUUGACAUUUAAAGUGCUCUGUGAUCAUAUCUAUCUAUUUAUUGUUUUGUUUUUUUAUAGAGAUAAAUGAUUUUGGAGUUGUGUAUUUGCAAGAUGCAAUUUGUUACUUAAACAAGUAAUAGGAAAUUUAAAUUUAUGACAAUUUUUCUAGCAUCAUGUCACAAAUUUCUAAUUGUAAAAUAAAAAACAACCCAGGUUGUGAGAUAGUUUACAGACCGGGAGCUGGUCUUCCUUUAUUGAUAAAAAAACCUUUUGUAGAAGAAUUUCGAUGCAUUCCUUAGUAUUUAUUUUACUAUCAACAACAUUCCUGUGAUCAUAAUAACAUUAUUUAUUGUGGUUAAUAAUAUAGAAACAGUUAUCCAAUAUAUCAAUUUCUGGUGAUUUCUGAAUCAGCUGUUCUGAAUAUAUUUCUACACUGCUAAGUGAAAAAUUGAUAAGUUUUCAAAAUUGUAUACAUUGAUUGAUAAAAAAGAAUAGAAAAGAAAUCCAUACUUUAUGAUCUCAAAUUUUAAAUCAGAAAUCCUGAACAAUCUAUAACUAUUUAUUUGUCAGUUCAUAUUAGCUAGGUAUUAUUUUAUUAUUUUACGCAAUUUCAUUUUUUUUUAUUUAUCACAAAUCUGACAGGAUGCUUUUUUUCAUUAUUUACAUCGUGAAUAUUUGAUAUGUUUAUCAAUAUGGAUUAUGUUAGUAAAUAAAGAAAUCUGUUGAAAAAAAAUCUGUUCGAAAACUUAUUUUUUCGAUGAAUCCAAAAUUACAUGUAUUCAUUAAUAUCAUUUAUUUGUCAAGUAUAAUUCACAAUAGUAAAAAUUAUUACUGCUCUGGUUGAAUGAGCACUGUUAUUCAGGGGAGUUUUUAAUCUCAAAUUUUAAAUUUUCUACAUUUGUUUUUAUGUCCAUUUUUUAAUUAUGUCAUAUUUAUAGCCAAAUUAUAAUGAUUCUCUGAAAUAUCUAAGCUGUAAGAAUCUUGACUGUAAUGAAAAAAAUGUAUAAAUCUUAUUAUAUCUUAAGAUCAUGUUACAAUUUGAUUGGUCAUUAUUCACCAUUUGGUGACAAAAUUAUUAGUUUUAUGUACAUUUUGAUUAGUUGUAAAAGUAUUCAUUUUCUUGUAAAUUAAUGAGAUGGGGUAUUCAGAUAUUGGCAUGUGCAAUAUUACUAAAGAUCAUUAAUCUUAAGAAGUGUGGAGUUUUUUUUUCAAUCAAUUUACUAAUUAAAAAGAAAUUUCUUUAAAACAAAAUUUACUGUAUUUUUUAGUUUUGUAAAUGUAGUGACUAUAACUGCCAAGAGAAUUGAGAAUUUUUCAUAAAUCUGAAAAAAUCCGGAGUUUCAUUUUUUCUCAAGGGAAAAAAAAAAAAUAAAAAUGUAUGCUUUUGUAGAAUACAGUUUGUUUUAUUAGGCUAUACACUAAUUUCUGGAUUUUUUUGGUUAAUUUUUUUAUUUAUAUGUCAGCAAAGAAGAAAUGGACACAUGCAUUAUGGUAUUAUACAAGUUAACAGCUAUUAAUUAUAUUGUAAACUGUUGUCAUUGUUGACACAGGAAAUAUUAGUAACAUAUACAUGUAAUUAAAGGUUGUGGGAGAUAGGUUGUAAUGUUAAAGUUCAUGGUGUCAUGAGGUCAAAGGGUUACCAUGGAAACUGAAGUUAAGAAUGUUCAUGAAAGUUGACAAAACUUCUCCUUUAGUUAGCAGUUGCCAAAAUUUGAUUGUAUCUUCAGGAAUAUGUCAAUUUGGUAAUAUAUUAUGCUUCCAUCGUAACAUAUGCAAGGUAUGUGACCUUGACCUCAUGCUUCUGAAUAGGUUGAACCAAAAGAUCAUUCCAUUGUUACAGUAGUACAGUGUUCAUUUAGUGCAAUAAAUUGCAGUUGUUAAGUUUUUAUGCCUUUUAUCAGCUGUCAUAUUUAUUUUCAUCUCUGGGAAUUUGUUGUGAUAUCUUUGAGCAGCUAUAUUUUUACUUUCCUUUUCAUCAGAAUUAUAUACAUAUUUAGGAUUUUGACUGGUCAGUAUUCCAACCUAUGCAAAUUUUUGAGUGACUUUUUAAGGUUGUGUAUUAUAAGGGCUAUCAUCUGUUAGGUAUAUUGUACUAUACUUUCCAGUUUUAUGAAGUAACUCACAAAAUUUUGAUUUUUUUUUCAGGCAAAUUACAAAUUUGUGUAUAAAUAUUGUUUUAAAGUUAAUAAAGAAUUAAAAAUCUGUGAAUAACUAUUAUGAUUAUAAGUUGGUAAAGAAUUACAAAAUGAAUAUGUAUAUAGCUCAAUAGUCAUUAUAUCUUCUAUUUUUACCUUGCUUCACUUGCAAAUUCUCAGAGAUGAAUGGUUGCAUAGUAAAGGGGAAAUGUCAUGAUAUAUAAUGAGUAUAGGGGAGAUCUCAUGAUAAAAUUUCAUACCCAUGUUACCUAUAUACGUAACAACAAGGAGAAAUUAUCUGUAUCAACACAUUGUUAUAAAGUUAAAAAUCUCUACAGAUAGAAUAUUUCUCCUUGUUGUAAUGUUUUAACUGUUGUUUAGAUCUGCAUGUUACACAAGAGUUUUGUUUCAUUUGUAUUAAAUAUUUAUUAGAGCUUUAAAUGUUAAGAGAUGGAAACUUAUGGAACGUUUUUCCCAAAACUUUAUAAACCAAAGACCAUUUCUACUUGUUUUUUUUCUUUUUUAUCAUUAUUUGGCACACUUUUGAUAUAUUGCUAUUUUUAAAUAACUUUACUGUAGAAAAGAAUCUUCACAGUUCUAAAGAAAAUUCAACUUUUGCAAAAUGAAAAUGGAAAGGUCUACAAUCCUCUCAUGUAGUUGAAGAAA